AUGCAAACACGAGCUCAGAAACGCAAACAAAUGCCAGAACUAGUGAAGCAAUUGCAAGAUCGUCUAUAUGCUCUCGAGAAAGAAAAAACUAAGAUGGUAGCUUUAGAUACAUGCAAUGUAGACGCCCCGAUAAAUCUUCCAACUCCUAAGAAACGCAAGACAAACGCCCUUUGUUCUUCUCUAACGCCUCAGUUUCCUAAACCUCGUACCUCGACGCUCAAUGUCGUUGAAACUUCCGAGAAAAGCUCCAAAAUAAAGUCGAACGUUGUCAAGCGCGUGACACUGAGACGUACGCUUCAAUAUACGUCUUCAACCCGUCCAGAGCCAGUGGAAGACUUUCAAUCGAUACUGCAGCGGAUUUGCUCAGGGCAAAAGCUUCAUGCUCCUUCAUUAAUUGUUGGACGUGAAAAGGAGCAUCAGAUUGUUCGUGAAGUGCUGCAGGGAAGUGAAAGGCAGAAUGGAAGUCUCUUUAUCAUUGGUCCGCCUGGAACAGGCAAGAGUUCGUCCGUGAGUGAGUUACUGCUGGAACAAGGUUUUGAAGUCGUAGGAAAUGAUGUAACAACAUUGAAGCACAAUCAAGCCAAGACAAGCAUCAAAGUGGCCGUGAAGCUUAAUUGCAGUACAUUCAUGGACCCUGUAGCUUUGUAUGCUGCCGUGGCGCAGCAAGUCAAGAAAGCAACAAAUUGGGAAGUACCGGAGAAACUUGAUCCAUUUGAAAUGGACGAGUUUCUUGCUUUGCAACGUUGUGGUUCGAGACAUACCAAGCAGAUGCUUGUGGUCGUGUUCGACGAAGUGGAUCAAUUGCUGCGUCUUUCUGUUCGCAUGCAGCCAACGGUGAAGGAAGUCCUCUGCUUUUUCGUGCGAUGGGCUGCUGCUGUACCUCAUAAUGUCAUGUUUCUAGGCAUUAUGAACGGUGUCGACAUGUAUCAUCAGGUUUCACGGAUUCAUGUAACUCGUGAUAGCGCGAUUGAUUCGCACGUUCCUCGUGUGAUCUUUGGGUCCUAUUCACACCAGAACUUACUGCUGAUCAUGAAGAGUUAUGUGCAGAGCGCACGAUCGUCAAAGAUGGAGAGUAGUGAAGUGUCCAGUUUGAUUGAGCCGCGAGCACUGGAGUUCAUUGCCAGAAAGGUAGCAGCCCGUGAUGGUGAUGCUCGUUUAGCCAUCAGUUUAUUGCAGCAAUCAGCCCGUCAUGCACUUCAACGCUUCAGUAGCUCAGAGACAAUCUCAGCAGCUUCGACUCAAGUAAAAGUCACAAUGCGCGACGUGUUCCAGUGUGUGGCAUCAAUGCUGUCAUCCCCGGUUAUUCAGAAACUGAAGCAGUUGCCACGACAAGCUAAAUUGCUAUUGUACGUGAUCACCGCUCUAUCUCCGAGCUCCAAUGGAAGCGAUGACAAGAACAAUACCAAGGGAAUGCUGCAGCCGUGUGAUAUGCAUAAAGUCAGCGAGGAGCUAGCGCGUUUACGUGACUUGCCGCAGACUGCUUGGGUCCCGCGCUUAUCGCGAGACGAACUGCAAACGCUUUUGAUGUCACUAGGCUGCUACGCUCUGAUAAGACAGGGAGGCGGUAAGCGUGGUGAGAAAACUUUGCGACCUGCCGCAGUGAUGUCGACACGCGCUUUUUGGUCGACCAAGCUCUACUCCUGCGUAACAAUGACAGAAAUAUCGGGGGCUCUACAAGAUGACACAUCGCUUUCCAAACUACUGUUGUAA